UUAAGCAUUAAAAAGUUAAUGUCUCUUAUUUUUUACUAAUUUCUGACAAAAUCAUUAAUUUUUUGCGCGAAAAACAUCAAAAAUUCAUAAACUCAAAUAUUUGAAACCUGCUGCCUUGAAAAAAUUCUAAAAUUAAAGUUUUGGCGGGAACUUGGAAAGAUGUCUGAAAGCGAAAAAAGAACAUCCAGUAUCAACAUUGUCCAAAUGGCGACAAAGCUCAAGUCAGAAGAGCUCAAUAUGACAAAAUUCAUGGAUUUGAACGACGACUGUUUGCUGCAUCUUCUUCGUUUCUUCGACGUUUUUGGGUUGAUGCAGCUUCGUGGCAUUUGCAGUCGCUUGGAUAAUUUGAUUCUUCAAAGUCGCAAAAGAUUUGGAAUUGUUAAUUUAAAGGAAUUGAACCUUCAUCCUUUUCCAUUUAAAGAAGAGAAAAUUUUGGAAAUCCUCGAAUUUUUAGGACCCCAGAUCAAAGAAUUGGAGUUUUCCUCCACAUUCCACUAUUUUAUUGAAGAUAAAUCUGUUAUUUUUGAUUGUAUUACCGAAAAUUUUACAAUCCUUGAGACAUUUCAUUUAGAAAUUAACAUGUUGGAUAUCAAACUAAUCGAGAAAUUCGCGCCAAUUGUGAAACGCCUGAAAAGUUUGACAUUAGGAGGUUAUGAAAUUGAUGAUCAGCUGAGCAUGUGCUUCCUAAACGCAUCACUUGAAGAAUUAAAGAUUGAGGGUUGUAAUGAAAAAAUUACGAAAAAAUUCUUUGAAAAUGUCUCGAAUUUGAAAUCUUUAACAAUUUAUGAAUGUUCAAAUCUGACAUCGAGUUGCUACAUUGAAAUUUUGAAACAUAACCUCAAAUUGAAAAAACUUACUUUGAACGUAAAUUCGGAAGGUUAUCCGUAUAAUCACCUCAAAAAUUUAGAAGGGAGUCACAAUUUAGUGAACUUUAUCGUGAACAAUUUGCAGGAAAUCGAAGAACUUUCAUUUGAUAUAUUUUCUCCCAACGCAAGUCUCUUCGCAGAUUUACCAAACUUAAAAGUACUCAAUAUCCUUCAACAAUCUGCCGAUUAUUCCUCAAUUUCGCGAGAAUUAAACAAACUAUUGGAAAAGUUAAUAGAAAAGAACUUUAUCGAGAAGCUUUCCAUCACCACAGAAUUCUACAGUCCAAUAAACCUGAAUCUGGUAAACAAAUUGACGAAUUUAAAAGAAUUAUCGCUUUAUGGAACGCCAGAGCUCGAUGAAAACGAUUUGAUUAAACUACAAACGCUCGAAAAUCUUGAAAUGUUGGCGAUUGAAAAUUUAGUGAAGACUACAUCCGUUUUUUGUUUGCUUGAGCCGUUGAAGAAGCUCCAAAAACUCAAACUUGAAGGCUCGUUUGUAACUCCUAAAUUUUUCAGACAGCUCAUUUCUCUGUUGAGACGCUUGGAAAAUCGACCAAAAUUGAAUCUUGUAGUUGAUAGAAUUCAUGCUUCAUGUAGUUAUGACUUUUUGCGUACGAACAAAGACAUUCUUGACUUGGAAAUUCUCAAGGACGAUGGUGCAUGGACUGCUUCGGAUAUUAGCUCAGAUGAUUAUGAGGAUGAAUUUGGUGAAUAUAUUGCAUUAAAUUAUUAAAUUAA